AUGGCUGAUGAUCACUCAACUGAAUUACAAUUAAAUCAUACAGAUAACGACACAACCAAUACAAAUAAUACCUCCACAACCUCAACAACAAAAAACAAAAGUGCAAAAAUCGACACACCUAAAAAACAAACCCCAACAAACCAAUUCUCACUAAACAAAGGACUUGAUAAUUAA